AUGGCUGGUGAACACCCAGAAUUAACAAGGAUAUUAUUAGAUGAACGAGAUCAAUAUCUAGCUCGUUCCAUCUGGGAGGCUACUGGCAUGGAAGAAUAUUUGAAAGCACAAGCAAUAAAGACGAAUUUUACUUCUGAGAUACAUAUUUCAUCAAAUAUUGAAGAGUCUGUGGUGCAACAUCGUAAAAAUAUUGAUCACUCUAAUGACUGUCCCCUGGAUGGAAUCGCUAACAGUUCUGAACAAGAUAAUCUCCUUAAUAACCCCUCUUCUCUGCAUCUGAGUUGUUGUUCACACUGGCCACCGACCAAUAUAUUGCCAAGAGUUGUUGUCGCUGUUGUUGGAAUAGGUCAUGUGGCUGGAAUCCGCAAAGUCUGGUCAACAGUAAACACAAUCAAAAAACAUGAAUUAUGUGUACUACUUGAACCUCCUCUUUCCUGGCGCAUAUUUAAGUGGUCGUUGCGAGGCGUUUUGAUUUCUUUAGUUGCUGGAGUUGUUUAUGGUGCGUAUCGGUGUUCAUUUAUUUUUGGUUCUUUUGUUUAUAAUAGACUUUUGUAA